AUGUUGACGAGGCUUUUCAGCGACCCCUCGUUGCUGCCCGACGUGCAGAAAUAUUCGGGCUGGGCCGAAGACAGCGACGGCGACGACGGCAAACUGAAAGACGACGACGCCCAGGACGACAUGGACGACAUGGACGAGCUGAGGGGAGACAGCCGGACGCACUCGGAGCACGCCGGCGAGGACGACGAAGACGACGACGAGGCGGAGGAGGACGAGGACGACGGCGAGGACAUGGAGGGCGAGCGCCCCAAGAAGCGGGGCCCCAAGAAGCGCAAGAUGACGCAGGCCCGCAUCGAGCGCUCCAAGAUGCGGCGCGUCAAGGCCAACGCCCGGGAGAGGACCCGCAUGCACGACCUCAACUCUGCGCUGGACAACCUGCGCAAAGUAGUGCCGUGCUACUCCAAGACGCAGAAACUGUCCAAAAUCGAGACGCUGCGCCUGGCCAAGAACUACAUCUGGGCGCUGUCGGAGAUCCUGCGCUCGGGGAAGCGUCCCGACCUGGUGUCCUACGUGCAGACGCUGUGUAAGGGUCUCUCGCAGCCCACCACCAACCUGGUGGCCGGCUGCCUGCAGCUCAACUCCCGCAACUUCCUCACCGAGCAGCCGUGCCCGGACGGCGCCCGCUACGCCUCGGGCUCCUUCUCCAUGCACUCCUACCCGUACCAGUGCGCCCGGCUCUCCAGCCCCCACUGCCGCCAGGGCUCGAACUCGCACCCGCUGGGCUCGCACGGCUACUGCCCGGCUUACGACCCGGUGUACGGCGGGAGCGCGUCCCCGGAGUACAACAGCCCCGAGUACGAGGGGCCCCUCAGCCCGCCGCCCCUGUGCAUCAACGGCAACUUUUCCCUCAAGCACCAGGGCUCGGCGUCCCCCGACAACGACAAGGCGUACCACUACUCUAUGCAUUACCCCGGCCUGCCCGGCUCCAGGCCCGGCGGCGCCCACAACCUGGUGUUUGGCUCCUCCGGGGCCCGGAGCGGAAUUCACUCGGAAAACGUCCUGCCUUACCACGACAUGCACUUACAUCCCGAACGAGCCCCCGCGUACGAAGAACUCAACGCCUUUUUCCACAACUAGCCCCAAUCUGACCACUUUUAGACGCGAGUUUUCUCAAACUUCAUCCGGAAUUUUUUUUUUUUUUUUUUGCAAUCGUCAGGGAAACGAGCGGAAACACCACAUUGAUUUUUUAAAGUAAUCAUGUUUUUUUUUUCAUUAUUAUUUAAAAAAAAAUAUGUACUUUGUAUUUGUGUUGAUGCCUGUUUGCAGUUUUCCCGCUUUUACACAGGAGACAUUUAAAAACAAAACAAAAAAAUCCUCCUGUGCACAUUCUGUGUUUUCAUUGCUUUUAAAACAUAUCUAGCAGAGAACAAUAACGUUUUUUGUUUGUUUGUUUGGCAUCUAUGCAAAUGCAGACAUGACGACACACACUUAAAAAAUACACCUUUCUCUCUUUGCACUGUAUUAUUUAUUGUAUUAUUUUAAUUUAUUUAAUUAUCAUUCUGCACAUCUAUUUAUUAUUGUUGGGUUUUUUUUAUGUACUAAUGUGAAUGUGCUUAUUUAUUUAUUUAUUUAUUUUCCAUCGUUCAACUUUGUAUUCAAUCAGCUGUGUGGUUA